AUGGAUGGUGUUCGCUGCCUGCUGUAUGACGGUAUGCGGUGGGAAGCCCGAGAUAUGACUAUCUUCCAGCUCUACGCCUAUCGUUUGGCUCACAUCCUUCAGUAUGUCGACGGCGAACACCCAGUCACCAUACAUACGUUCGCUUUUGUCACCGCUGUCCAGGACUCGGUCUGCGACCGACGCGACGUUGCUUCACCUACUCCGCCUGCAUCUGACUCGCCGCCUGCCUGCUCCACGCCUGACCCGGACCCUGCGCUUAGCGCCACUCCAUCCAGAUCCUCCACACCGAUCAGUUCACCGGCGGGCGAGACUACUGCGUUCCACGCGUCUACGGAAGAGAAACCGACCCCUGUCGCUGCAACAAAACCUGACCUGUUCGCUACUACAAACUCACUCGAAGUGCCUACGCCUGUCGCCUCGUCGGGAGCCUCUGAUGCUGACGAACUUGCGUCAAAAAAACUGCAGAUUAAAGGAGCAGAUAAGGCAGCUCAAUGUCGAUCUGAUGAGGGUUGUCGAUCAUUCCAUUGA